AUGAAUGCUGCCCUCACUUUCCUACAGACCCCUUUCGUUGAUAUCUGGCGGCGAGGCCACGGCCAGCUGGAUCUGUUGGGUGUGUCCUUCGCGUCCCUGAAGGAGCAGGUCGACAGUGAGCGGAGGCAGCAGCUGCUCGAGGAGGCCCAUCGGCUCUCAGACACACUUCGCAGCCUCAGGUCGGAGGAGGUCCAGCCUUUGGCAGCUCCUGAGGAAGAGAUGGCCAGCAACCAAGGUGACUCCCAGCACUGCCUCUGGGUGGACGAGUUCGCACCUCGGUCCUACACGGAGCUGCUCAGUGACGACGUGAGACCUUAUUGUUCAAGCGUGACCUGCUCUUUUGUUGCCAAAAACGAAAGUUGUAGGAUUUAGCUAAUUUUUAUGUUGUCAGUUUCCAGGGCAUUGGAAUGGAAGAGAUGGCUUUUUGGUGUUUUUAAGAUUUUAUUUAC